UCACAUGUCAGUUCUUACUGAAAAAUGUCCAAUUGAAAACGUCCGUUUUUAAUUGGAAUAAAUUCAUUUCAAUGGAAUAUUUACCUGCAUUCAAUAACUUUCAACAUCAUCGUAAAGUAGCGCCAAGAUAAAAUGUUUCUAAAAACUGAAAUAUUUAAGGCUAUUUCAUUCAAAAAACCCAUAACACUACCUUUAUCGUAUUGGUUGUUAGUGGUUACAAGAUUUGUUUUAACUUUACUACCGCAGUUGGGCUACAUACAUCCUGAUGAAUUCUUUCAAAAUGUGGAAGUUAUUGCCGGUGAUAUCUUCACAAUUGAUGUUGCAAGAACAUGGGAGUUCAAUCCAAAGUUUCCAAUCAGAAAUAUGUUUGUACCAAAGAUUGUACUUGGACUGCCAUUACAUUUCAUACAAAUCUUAAAUCCAUACUCAAAAGCCUACCUUAAUAUUGAUCUACAAACUCCAUAUUACUUGUUGACUAUACCUAGACUCUUUAUCUGUCUUCUAUCUCUGAUAAAUGAUUAUUGUUUGUACAAAAUAUGCGUUCUUUAUGGUCAAAAUUUUAGGAAUAGACUAAAAAUAUUUGCAAGUUCUUAUGUUGUAUUUGUUUAUUGCUGUAGAAGUUUUUCCAAUACGUUUGAAAUGAUAUUUUUUUCCUUGCUACUUCUGUUAGUUGCUGAAUGUAUGUACAAAUCGGAUAAAGUCAUCUAUCAUGAUGAAUUUCUGACUGAGAAAUAUAAUAAGGCAGAAACUCCAGUUGAGAAAGUAAAAAUUUUUAAACUUAAGACACAUUUGCCUGAACAUUCCUUGAAUAGGGUAUUUAUACUUGCUAGUUUAGUUGUAAUUGGUAUAUUUAACCGUCCAACAUUUAUCUGUUUUGCGUUCGCUCCAGUAUUCUUCUGGUUGCAUAGAGGAUUGGGGUCCAAAGUUGUUAGUUUUAAAGAUUUUCACUUCAGAAUAUUCACAUUUAUGCUUUGCGGUAUACCCAUGGCACUAGUCCUUAUAUUAGUUGAUUCUUGUUACUAUGGUUACUUAACAAGUGCGGAGGUGGAAUCUCUAAAGCUGUCAUGGGACAAUUGGGUUGUUACUCCGCUCAACUUUCUCAGAUACAAUAUGGAUACAAAGAAUCUCAAGGAACACGGGCUACAUCCCCGUUGGCUUCAUUUAGUCGUCAACAUACCACUUUUAUUCAAUGUUUUGGGAAUAAUUGCUUUCAUCACCCUAUCUGGCAAUGCUUACAGGUUCAUCCGUGGACAGUACAGUAAAUUGCCUAGAAUACAAAGCAUUACAGGUCUUAUGUUAUUCUCUCUAGUAACACCUGUUGCAUUGCUAUCCCUCAUCCCGCAUCAAGAGGCAAGGUUUAUCAUCCCCGUUUUGAUUCCCCUUAUUUAUCUUUACGGGAAUCAUCUUCAUCCCAAUGAAGCGGACACAAAGAUAAAGCGAAGAGUAAAAAGUACUCUAUGUUAUAUUUGGUAUAUAUUAAAUAUAUUGCUUACUAUAUUUUUCGGUUAUAUACAUCAAGGCGGAAUCAUCCCUUUUACGAAUACCUUACAUCGGGAAAUUAAAAGUUAUUAUGGUGUCCAUACUCAUGUAAUUACAACACACAGUUAUAGUAUACCUAGUUAUUUAUUACAAUUAGAGAGUACGACAAAAAUUUGGAAGGACAAAAACACAGGUCGAAAAUACAGAUUGACUCCGACAACAUUCAUUUAUAAAUAUGGAUCCAUACCAAUAGAGGACUUGUUUGGAAAAAUAGAUGAAGUUUUAACUGAUGCUGAAAUGUUGUUGCAUAAAUAUAAAAGACAGUACAGAUUUUAUGUAGCAUCUCCUUGCUCUUUGGAAAAAGAUAUUCGAGCCGUCUCCAGAAUGUACACAUAUAUUGAUAUAGAACAUGAAUUUUCGUACUACCCGCACUUUUGUACGGAAGCGUUCCCGAAAUUUCCAAGUAAUAGGGAUCAGUUCUGUUUUGAAAGCAAUCUCUUAAGAAAUGAAUCUCAAGUUGUUGAUUUAGACAUUUUUCAACGAAUAUCGUGUUUUCUAAAGAGAUUUUGUCUUAGAAUUUAUCGCGUAAGGCCUUCAAACUAUAAGAUAUAAUACA